AUGCAGCAGCAGCAGCGGCAGAUGCAGCAGCAGCAGGCGCAGCAGGAGCAGCAGGCGCAGCAGCCACAGCUGCAGCCACAGCUGCAGCCACAGCUGCAGCAGCAGCUGCAGCAGCAGCCUCAGCAGCAGCAACAGCAGCAGCAGCAGCCUCAGCAGCAGCAACAGCAGCAGCAUAUUUCACUGCUGCGGCUGAUGCAGCUAUCGAGGAGUGUCCUUAGGAGGGAGGUUGCG